CAAAAAAUAUCAUUGGGAAGAUCAAAGUUCUGCAGAAGAGUACACGUUGUUUAAGAAGGACCGCCUCUCAUCUUCUAGUCAAACGUGUCUCCUCAGCACUUCACCUUUUCUUGAAUGUUCUUCUACGCGUCUGCCACAACACCACCAUCACCCAUCCUCUCUCUGAAUUUGUGGGUUGAUACAAAAUUCAUACUUCUUCUCUUCCCCUGUUUCCUGACUUAUUGGGUCACUGAAAUUGCAACGUUUCAUUCACUUUUGCUUCGGUCAAUAUAGUAGAAAUGGUUCAGAUUAAGGAAUUUCGAAUUGUGAUGCCCUUGUCAUUGGAAGAGUAUCAGGUAGCUCAGAUGUACAUGGUCAUGAAAAUGCAACAGGAAAGCACCACAGGUGAUGAAGGAGUGGAGGUUUUACAAAACAGACCAUUUAGUGAUGAUGAAUUUGGAGGGGGGCAGUACACAUCAAAAUUUUACCACUUGCAGAGCAAAGCGCCAUCUUGGUUGACUACAUUUGCACCAGCUGAUGCCCUUGUGAUGCAAGAAGAAGCCUGGAACUCAUAUCCUAAAUGUCGAUCAGGUUUACGUUCUUACUUGCAAUUAAUGUUCUUAUCUUGGUUAGUAUCCAAGUCUUCCUUCUGCCUUCAUACUAACCUAUUUACUGGUUUCUGUCGAACAUGUAUCACCAUUUGAUGCAGUU